UUGCCUGCCUGCGGGUGCCGGGGGCGGGGAAAGCUCCUGUGUAGCUGCGCGCCGCGGGGCCGUCCCCUCCUUCCCUCCCUUGCGCGGGGCUGAACCCCGAGCCGAGGAGCAGAGUCGGCUCUGAGCGCACUGCCUGGCUUUUGGGUGGUAGCCACUGGAGGAGGAACAUGGCGCUCGUAGGCAAUGGUGCGGAGCUGGAAGCGGACGAGGAUAUCUUUGAAGAUGCUUUGGAAACCAUCCCUGUGUCUUCUCCAUCAGACAUGGAAGGGAGCAGCCACCACUUUACAGCAUUUGAUUCUAAACAGGCAUCUGGCCAUCACGAAGCAUCUAAUUUGAGCAGGUCUUCUAAUGCAUGUAUAAGACCAAGCCCUUAUAAACAUAUUGUGGAACAGCCUAGAAGGACAUCUGCAAAGAGGAGCGAAAUUUCAGACUUGGACAAGAAGUCAGCAUCAGCCAAGAUAAGCCUCAACACUGGCCUGGAAGAAUGUGCAGUGGCAUUAAACUUAUUUCUAAGUAACAAAUUUUCAGAUGCCUUAGAAUUACUUCGUCCAUGGGCAAAGGACAGCAUGUACCAUGCGUUGGGCUACAGCACCAUUGUGGUGUUGCAAGCUGUUAUGACCUUUGAGCAGCAAGAUAUCCAAAACGGCAUUUCCGCCAUGAAGGACGCUUUACAAACCUGCCAAAGAUACAGGAAAAAGAGCACUGUUGUAGAAUCUUUUUCAAGUCUUCUUUCCAGAGGAUCAUUGGAACAGCUGACUGAAGAGGAAAUGCAUGCCGAAAUCUGUUAUGCCGAGUGUCUCCUGCAGAAAGCAGCACUCACGUUUGUGCAGGAUGAAAAUAUGAUCAGCUUCAUCAAAGGCGGACUCAAAAUUAGAACAAGUUACCAAAUAUAUAAGGAAUGUCUUUCUAUCCUGCAUGUAAUUGAGAAGAACAAACUUGAGCAACAGUUAUUCUAUGAGUUCGAAGGGGGUGUCAAACUUGGAGUAGGAGCCUUUAAUUUGAUGCUGUCCCUUUUACCAGCAAGGAUUAUCAGACUACUAGAAUUUAUUGGAUUUUCUGGAAACAGGGAGUUGGGACUCAUGCAAUUACGAGAAGGUGCAUCAGGAAGAAGCAUGAGGGCUCCACUAUGCUGCUUGACUAUACUAGGUUUUCAUACUUACAUCUGUCUAAUACUUGGUACAGGAGAAGUGAAUAUUGUGGAAGCAGAGAGUCUCCUUGCACCCUUCCUCCAGCAGUUUCCAAAUGGCUCACUCAUGCUGUUUUAUCAUGCACGAAUAGAGCUGCUGAAGGGGAAUGUUGAAGAGGCACAAGAAACAUUCCGAAAAUGCAUUUCAGUUCAAGAAGAGUGGAAACAGUUCCACCAUCUCUGUUACUGGGAGUUGAUGUGGAUUUAUGUAUUCGAACAAAACUGGAUGCAGGCAUAUUACUAUUCAGAUCUGCUUUGUAAAGAGAGUAAAUGGUCCAAGGCAAUAUAUGUAUUCCUGAAAGCUGCAAUUUUGAGUAUGCUUCCAGAGGAGGAUGUAGUAUCAACGAAAGAGAAUGUGGUAGCUUUAUUCAGACAGGUGGAAAGCCUGAAGCAGAGAAUUGCUGGUAAAUCUAUUCCUACUGAGAAGUUUGCUGUGAGGAAGGCCCGACGGUACUCUCCCAUGUUGCCUGCACCUGUGAAGCUCGUCUUACCUGCCCUGGAAAUGAUGUAUGUCUGGAAUGGUUUUCCAGUAGUGAGCAAAAGAAAAGACCUUUCUGAAAAUUUGUUGGUAACUGUUGAAAAGGCUGAGGCAGCUUUGCAAAAAGAAAACUCGAAUGAUUACUUUACGGAUGAUGAGUGCCUGGUGAAGUUACUGAAAGGAUGCUGCCUGAAGAACUUACAGCGGCCCUUGCAAGCUGAAUUGUGUUUCAAUCAUGUUAUUCAAAGCGAAAAGCUACUGAAAUAUGACCACUACCUAGUGCCAUUUACUCUGUUUGAGUUGGCAUUUUUGCAUAAAAGCCAAGGAGAAAUGGACAAGGCAAUAAAGGUCCUAGAAACUGCAAGAACCAACUACAAAGAUUACUCCAUGGAGUCUCGACUACACUUCAGAAUUCAGGCAGCUCUUCACCUCUGGAAAAAACCUCCCUCAAAUUAAUCAGAACUUGAAGGAUAGAGUUUUCCCUCAAUUAGCACUGACAUCUGCUGUAGAUUAGGACUUGUAUUAAAGUAUAAAAGUGAUCUUGUAACUGAGAGACAAACUAAUUUUAUUGUCAAUAUUUUCUAUCAUCUGUUUGGUUUACUGUCAGACUACAUAAAUGUUUGUUUUUUCCUAAGGAAUGAUGUUCAAUACUAUCUAGAAAAUUCUUAUAUUUUGCCUCUCCAAAAAAAUUUCAUAUUAGAUUUGACUGGGGAGUGAAGAAGACUUUUAAAAGACUCACAGGUACAGUAAGAUCUAAUUAGAUUAUUUAUUUUUUUAAUGUGGAAAUUAAUAUUGUUUAAGUAGCAAAUGGGUUAUAAGUUGAGCCAUAUUUAGAUUUGUUGGCCAGUUAAAGUUCAGAUAUAUUUUAUUGCCUAGUUUUUAAAUUUAAGAAGGGAAAUAUAAAUCACCUAAACUCAAAAUAGCUUGACAAUGACCUUCUGAAGACUUCUGGAAGACAGGCACAGGGAUGCGUAGGGACGGAAUAAUGUUUCAGCUGCAUAGUAGGUUGAAGAGAACUGUAUCUAGAAAAGAUGAUGAAAUAGUAAGUUAUUUUUUUUAUUCUUCAUGCUGGUUAAAAAGAUGGUAACAUCUUUAAGAGACUAUCCUCUUUUUGAAUGUACUUAAAUCUAUUAUAAUAGCAAAAUUUGAAAAAAAAAAGUGUAUCUAAAUAGAGGAAGAAAAAGUCAUAUUUUGAGAAGUUAUCCUUAACCUUAGCAGUGAGAGUCCUACAAUAUAUAUGUUGAUUAUUUUUCAUAUAGGAAGCAAAGUGAAUUUCCUGCUGCUUUCAAUGAUAUGUGAGAUAGCAAUAAGUUUUACACUCAUGAAGUUGAUCUAAUUUUGUAAUCUCUCUAGGACUUUGCCAAUUACUUGUAAAUAUCUGGAUGGUGCUUAGUUCUUCAACUGGGAGAUGCAAUCGAGGGAUGGUGUGGAAGAGAGCUCCACUCUGUGGGGUCCUGGCUUUGCUACAGCUGCCAUCAAGUCUACUCCAACCAUCGACUAUGGAAAAAUAGGAAAACCAUUCUUAGCUUGUGAGUUCACACAAAAACAGGUGACGAGAAGGAUUUGACCUGCAGGAGUUUGCCAACUUCUGGUUUACAGAACAUCAGUUAGAACUCUCACUCUGAUGUCAUUUUGAAAACUUUGAAUUCUCCUCUGAAGUCUUCUAUUGGGCAUUGGGAAGGAGAUAGUCGAAGAGGUGAGAGGAAAAGGGGACAACUAACUAGCUAGUCAGAUUAACCAUGUUAACCAGUGGGGUCAGUGAGGUGACAUAUGUCUGUAUAUGCUCCAAUCCAACAGCUGCCUGUCUGAAGCCUUCAGAUAAAGAAAAAAAAUCAAUAAAUACUACUUCAAACAAACAAAAAAAGUAGUAUUUCCAAAUUUACCUUUUGAUAAGUUGUAGCUGACAUAAGGCUGAAGCAAAUAAAUAAUAGCUUAGUUAAAAACAGAAGAAAUAUUGAACUGGAAAACUCCCCUCCCUUUCUCUUUCUCUGAUGGUGAAAAUGGCUGCAACGCUUUACCUCUCUGUACCCAUACCCACUAAAGGUGACACUAUAACUCCUCCCAUCAAGGAGUGGAGUCUAGAUCCUGCCUCUUGAAGUUUUAAAAUAUCUCCUAAAUUCUUUGACACUCCUCCCAUAGAGAAAGAGGGCCUGUGUUCUCUCCCCUUGAAUCAGUGGUGUGACUGCUAGACAAGAGGGAAUACAGUGAAAGUGGCAUUGCACCAAUUUUGGGGCUAGGCCUUCAAAAACUAGCAGCUGCCAUUUCCUCUCUUGGGGUGCUUGCUCUUGGAAUCCAGCCUACAUGUUGUACAAAAGCUAAUCUGCCUCAUAUAUAGUCUCACACAGACAGGAAUUUGCUAGCCGUGUGAGUGCCUCAUCUUGGAAGUGGAUCCUCUAGUGCUAGCUGAGCUGCCCCAGCUGACAUCUAGUGGAUCAGAGAUGAGCUAUCCCAAUUCAGUCAGUUGGCAUAAUAGAGUUCACAAAGUUCAUGUUCUGCAUCCUAGGAAGGUGAGCAGCCAUCUAAGAUGUAGCUAUUGGUCGCUACUCAUCAGGAGCAAAAGAGAAAGAAGGCAACCAAAGACUCAGAGAAGAAACCAGUCUACAGAGCUAAGAGCCUACAUGAGCCACGGCAUCAUCUACCCUGAGACCAGAAGAACUAGAUGGUGCUACCACUAUUGACCAUUCUGAUCAGGCCACAAUAGAUGGACCCUGAUAGGAUGGGAGAAAAACGCAGAACAGAACUCAAACUCUUAAAGAAGUCCAGACUUACUGGACCAUUUCCAACUAUUGCCCUGAGAUACUCUUGAAUCGGAAUUAUCCGCUGAGGUCAAACUUUUAGUGAAACAACAUAGUGGCAUACAAAAUAAAGGAUAUGACCUGUGAGUAUGGUGCUUCAUUAAAAAACCAUCUAUAUGAGACCAAAAUGUCAACAAUUAAAGCAAAGAUAAGAGAAGGGCAGGGAAACUAGAGUACUGGAAAUGGAACAAUCAGAAUGCAAUUAAAGAGAAUGUCGACACAUUAUGAAAAAUGUAACUAGUGUUACUGAACAAUUUGUAUAGAAAUUGUAAAACAGGAACCUAACUACUGUGUAAACAUUCACUGAAAACACAAUAAAAAACUACUAUUAAAAAAAAAGAUAAGCAGCCCCCGCCAAUACCUGACCA